CCUGCUCACCCCUCUCUCUUCUCUCUCCCUGGUAGAGGAGGAAACCUGACUCUCCUGCACUUCCUGCUGGGUUUGAAAACUGCAGCAGACGAUGAGCUGGUCGCUGAACUUGUGGUGAACAUCCUGAAAGUGUGCCCGGACUUACUGAACAAGUACUUCAAGGAAGUGACGUUUUCCUUUCUCCCAAGGGUGCAGUCCACUUGGUCCAGUAACAUCAAACUGCUAAACAAGAUCUACGCCGCCCAGCCAGACAUCUCCCGGGCGUUUCAGACCAGAGAGUUCGUGCCGCUGCCGCGGCUCCUGGCCAUGGUGAUGGUGACCACCGCGCCCCUGGUGUGCAAUAAGAUCAUGUUCACGCAGGCACUGAACCUGGACAGCAAGUCAGUGAAACACACAGCUUUAUCCCUUAUUUCCGUCAUUUUGAAGAGAGCCUUAAAGACCAUUGACUACUGCCUGAAUAAAGGGGCCUGGGAGGAGUCCGGUGUGUACACGGCCGCGAUGAUGGAGGACUUCGUGCGGCUCUUCAGAGAAGCCCUGAGCAAGGUUUUACCAGACCUGAAUGCCAUCGUGUGGGUCUGGCAGUCACUUAGGAAGCAGGAGACAGGACAGGAUGACGAGAAAGCGAAGAAAAGGGGCAACAGGACCCCUGCUACCUGCGUGGCUCCCCAGAGCGAUGAUGCAGAAACCAUUCUCCUGAAAGCCGUCCUGCUCCAGGUCAUCUGCCUCUACCAGAAGGUGGUCCCGCACGUGGUCAUGCAGUACAACUUUGACUUCAGCAAGCUCCUGAAAGGCGUCAUCUCAGAGGAGGGCCUGCGUGAGGAGGUGCCUGUCACCCUGCAGCACCUUGUUCUCAAGGUGGCCCUGGCACUGCCCGCCAGCAAGUUUCUGUGGUUAAAGGCCCAGGAAGGCCCAGAUGCAGAAAUUAUUGGAGGAAAGCGAUCCGUGUUUUACUUACUGAUGAAGAUGUUUGUGACCAGUAGCCACGCGCAUCUCAGGGCAUCAACCAAACUUCUGAUCGUGAAGAUCCUGCGGGACACAGGGGUGUUUGAGCACACCUGGCAGGAGCUGGAGCUGUGGCUGGAGCACCUGGAUGACACCACGGAGGAGAACAAGGAGGCCGUGAUUCAGUUUUUGGAACGCGUUCUCCUGACAUUGGUGGCGAAUCCCUAUUCAUACACGGACAAAGCGUCUGACUUUGUCCAGGAAGCCAGCGCCCUGCAGGCCUCCGUGACGCGGCAGGACGCCGAUGAUGUCAGCAUUCCCAUCUCCCACAUUGACGAUGUUCUCGACAUGGUGGAUGUCCUGGUGGAGGGCAGCGAAGGCUUGGAUGAGGAGGUUGGAUUCUUACUGAAUGAAGACACGAUCCUGCUCACAUUCCCGUUCAGCGCUGUGGUCCCCGCUGCCCUGGAAGCCAGGAAUAAGUUGCUCCUUGGAACACAAAGUGAAGCAGGAGAAAGCAUUGUGGCUUAUCUGACAGGGGUGCUGACGGACCUCCUCCACACCCAGAGAGACCCGCUGGCUCUGUGUCUUCUGCUUCAGUCUUACGACAAGUUGGAGCCUCCGCUCCCACCUUGCUGCCGUCAGCUGUCCAGGUUCAACAGAUACUACAGCCUCUGGAUCCCGGAGCCAGCCCGAGAGGCCUUGGCGCUGCAGACGUCGGGCAGCCCUGCUCCACCGGACCCCCCAGCCCCCUCCUUCAGUGCCCUGCUGCAGAUGGCCUACACGGGCCAGGGCCAGGGCCAGGGCGCACUCCCGCUCCUGGACGAGGGGGUCCAGGGGCAGCUGCGGGCUGCCCUCCCGCACCUCCCGAUGCACCAGGCCCUGCGCUCCGCCAAACACCUGCUGCUGUACAUCAGGAGCGCCGUGGAGAACUUCGGCCAGCUGGGCAGGAGGACGGGGCCUCCCCUGCUGCAGUUCCUCCUGGACCUCCUCAGGCGCCUGGUCAUCCACUGUCAGCAGCUGGAUGCCCAGAACCAGCAGAAGCGCCAGGCGGCCCAGGCUGAGUCCGACCUCUUUUUGGACGUGGAGUCCAUGGCCUUGCUGGAGUUGGCCGAUGACAAGACGCUGGAGGAGGUGCUCGUGGCCGUCCUCAAGCAUCCCACGCUGGAGGGCUGGUACCUGGCCCUGGAGCAGCAGGCACUGCCCCCGCACACGCUCAGUCCCGUCCUCGUGAAGCUCCUGGCGGCCCACCUCAGCGCGGGGGUGCUUCCACUGCUGGUGGCGAGUGCCCCCAUCCUCCAGGGCCUUGGUCAGCUGGGGCUCCUGGCCAGGUACUCGGAGGCCGUCACCCAGAGUGUCCUGAAAGAGCUGCGGAACCGGAGGGCCUGUGCAGCCACGCCGAUGCCAAAGACCCUUCCUCAGCUCGAAGCCCUGCAGGGGCUGCACCCGUACAUGGAGGGCACCCAGCUCCGGGAGGUCACCCUGGCCCUGCUGAGCCUGCCCGAGGCCCACCUGGUGGCCCAACGACCCACUAAGUCCCGCCAGAAGGAGAGACACCUGAACGCUCUCGGGGAGACCCUGGUCCAGCUGCUGACCAGCCGCCCCCAGGAGCAGCUGCAGAGCGGCGAGCUCCUCCGGGCCUCCAAGUACCUGAGAGGCCUGGGGGCUUUGCUGCCCACGCUGGCCGUGGACGAGCUGGACGCCGUGCUCCUCCAGGCCCUGCAGAGAGAGCCGGCUCUGGCCCCCGCAGUCGGGGUCACUCUGCUCGACUACUGCCUGGCCCGGCGGACGCCGGUGGCCCUGGGCACCGCGGCCCUGCUCCUGCAGCACAGCUGUCCUCACCUGCUACGGUUUGAGCGGUGGUGCAGGCGGGCCAGCCUGGGGCUCUGCCUGCAGGAGGCCCUGGACGACUUCCUCCCUGUCGUCCGCGUGUACCUCCAGUGCAGGACCCGGGAACACUUCACGCGCCCCGCAGGAGUAUCCUCUGCUGUCAUGCCCGUCUUGAGGAAGGCCCUGUGGAGGCCGCUGCAGACCAGGCUUCUCAGUGCUGACGGGCCCCUAGAGUCUGGGCCGCAUCAGGAGAUCCUGGCCCAGCUGGUCCCAUUUGCAAGAGCCAAGGACCUCCGUGUCCUCAUGGACCAGUUGCCCCGCUUGCUUCAGACUCCAGGCAGUCACAAGAGUUGGGUCGUGGCUGACUCUGUCCUGGCUGUCCUGGAAGGGUCGGCAGAAGAGCUGCGUGCUUGGAAAAAGACUCUGCUGGAGGCCUGUGUACAGUGGCUGAUCGCGUCCUUUAGCGGCGGCCAGCAAGAUGACGGUACCCAGGAUCGAGAGAAGCAGAUGCUGCUAAGAUUAAACGAACUGUUGUGUCCUUGUCUGGCUUUAGGAUCAGGGAAUACUGGCCUCAGGUUGAGUUAUAGGAAGAGUUUCGCUGGGAACAAAAUUCCAG